AGGUGGGAAAGGUUGAUCACCGAUCUAAGGAAAUCGUUGUGUUGAAGAUUUCUUUUAUCAAAGUGGCAGUUAUUUGUGGUUUAAUUUAGGUUUACAUUUGUGGAACCUCUUUUCUAUUUCACAUGAUCAGGUAAGGUGGCUUCGUCAAGAAGUGAUCCUAGGCUUCCAACUUAAAACCAAGAUCAUUUGAACUUGGUUCAUUCGGACCAUCAAGAGGAACUAUGGACUACCCGACAAUAUUGACCACUAUCGAAAAGGCAUGCGUCGAAGCGCAGCACCCAACGACUCGGAUACAGGCUGAGAAGGUCCUAAUUGACUUUAAGCAGAGUCCGAAUAUUGUACCUGUUUGCCAGUAUAUCUUAGCCAACUCUAAUACACCGGCAGUUCAGUUCCAUGCGGCCUCUGGAGUUACUGGAGCUAUUGUCAGGGAAUAUGGGCUGUAUCAGAAGCAGGACAUUCAUCACUUACAGACAUACCUCAUCCAGUACAAUCUUCAUCACCCCAGACUUGUCUCUUUUGUCGCCAAGCAGAUCUAUCAGGCAGUUGCUGUGAUUUCGAAGCGCGGAUGGCUUGAAGCUUCUCAGGAUGAGCAAGAUGUUGUCUAUAAUCAGAUUAUCCAGCUUCUGUCAAUGGGGGAACAGGAGAAGAAGAUUGGUCUCUCUCUCGCGCACGCUCUUGUAGACGAAUUCUCCAGCCGAGGCAAGGCUAGCAACGUUGGGCUUACAUGGGAUUUCCACUACAAGACAAAAACAUCAUUUGAAGAGCGACAUCUCCGUUUGAUUUUUGAGGCUGCACUUAAAAUCCUUCAUGAGCAAUUGCAGGACUUGAUCACCAAUAUCGGACAGGAAGUCUCAGGAUCCAAAAGACCUCUAUUAAGCCUCUCAAUAUUGCUUGUGGAGUCUAUUCUUCAAUGGGACUUUGCUACCAAUCAGCCAGUUCUUGCUGGGACUUUUGCCGAUGAUGAAGAUGAUUUUACCAGGACUAUUAUCUACCCAGCGAGUUGGCGCUCGAUCUUGGUUAAUGCCGAUGUCCUUUCCAUGUUCUUCACACUGUUCCCCCUUGUGCAAGACGACAACAUCAUGACGCAUCGUGUGCGACAGUGUUUGAUUCAGCUAUGUGGACUUCAUGGGACCAUCUUUGAUAGUGAAGAGGCCAUUAUUCAUCACAUUUCGGGAGUCAUGACGGGGCUUUUAACUCUUAUCAAUAAUGUUGCUUCGUGCUCUUCUGAUGAGUGCCUGCAGGCUGACUACACUGAGAAUAUGAUUGCCAUCACGGAAAUGAUUCGUCAGCUACUCUCAUUCCACUCAAUCCAGACGAUCUGCGCAGUUCCUGAGCGAUUUGACUUUUUAAACCAAGUCGCUUUAUUGACAGUUCAUUGCUUGAACGAAUCUGCAAAGGUCCCCGAGGAGUCAGAAAGCCUCAUGGGAGCCUUUGAUGAAUUGUUAGUGACCUGGGUAAGGCUUGUGCAAGAUUCACAAUCCGCCAUCUUGGAUCGUAACUCGCCUCAGCUAGUCGCGGAUGCUACCAAUUUACUUCAGUUCUUCCACAGUAUCAGCUAUCGUAUCGUGGAGAAAUACAUUGAGGCCAGGCUUGAGCUUGCUAAAUUUAAUGCUUUAGUGGAUGAAGACAAUGACGGAUUCCCAGAUUGGGAGACCUAUGGGGAUCAGCUGAUUUCAAUAGCCGCUCUUGCAAGGCUGGAUCCUUAUAACACACUUCAUCGGCUUCAGGGCCUUCUUCAUGAACGUAUUGAACGCCUUCGGAAUUUUCUCAAUACUACGCACGAUGGCAGUCAUCCCGACUUUAUCACGUUCUUAUAUGAACACUUACAUUGGCUGAUUGUCAUAACUGGUUAUGUCUUUUCAGACAACAACAUUGGAGAAACAGCGCUUGUACCUGAGACUCUGAACGAACUAUCAAAAGGGUGUGACCUUUCCCAGGAUCAAAUUGUGAAUAUCUUUAGCAAUUUGAUGAGUCUGCUUGACGCGGUUUCUCUUGAUUCUCAUUCUGCUCAAGCUAUCUCAUGCAGUCCUCAGGUUGCCCUCUCUCUAUUUUGGUUCCUCGAGCGCUGGGUCAAGACUUAUUUAUUUGCGAGCCCUGAAAACUACACAACUCUUAGUCCUAAUCUCAUUAAGUCUUACGGCGAGGCUUCCCGCGGUGGUGAAGGUGGAGCUAUUUUGGAGUUUUUAAUCGAAAAGCUGCGCAUCAACUUUAUUAUGUGGAAUGCCGAUCCGGAUGUUUUAAUCCAGAUUAUUGCACUUCUCAAUACAUUUGCGCAAAGGGCUCCUGUAAGAAAUGCUCUGUUACAAUCUGCCCAAUUUCCUCCUCUCGUUAGCUUUUUUAUAGAUCACCUUUCAGUGCUUCCAGAAGUCAUUCACAACUCUUUAAUCCAGGCAAUUACAACCAUCAUCUCGUAUGCUCCUUCUGAGCAACUGAAUAGCCAUUAUUUCAACCUGAUUUCGACAGCCAUUGAAACUCGUUUUACUGCUAUUUUGCACGAUAAGUCGUUCCAAGCCAACUAUCAAUCACCUGAAGUCAUGAGCCAAAUCAUGAAUGGACUUGAGAUGUUUAACGGUCUCGCAUUAGCUUUGACUGAUGUUAAUACCCCCAUGAUCUACCACUUUUGCUCUCGAUAUUUCGAGUCAUUUGUGGAUUUAGUCAGAGUUUACAGUAACUUUCCGGAGAUUCAGAUCCUGGUUUUGCGUCUAUUCACGGAUUUGAUCAAAAAUGUUGAAUUCACGACACUUUCGUCCGAACAAGUCAGCUACUUUCACUCCUGCCUCUUGAAACUGCUGCAAACUUUUUCUGCCGCGAACCUUGGCAAGAAACGAGCUACAGCAUGGGAAGAAGCCGAAGACGAGCCUUAUAGCGAUGUCUCGGUUGUGCUUGAGAUGUUGCUGAGUCUGUUGGAAGUCCAUGGUAUUGACCAGAUGUUUGUCCAUACUCCUAAUGCGAUUUCUCCCUCAACAGUGGUCUUUUCUGGAAUCAAUAUCUUAAUUCCCAUGAUCAAGGAGACCAUGCUUAAGAUCCCCAGGCUUUGCACACUUUAUAUUCGUUUGAUCUCCAGAUUGGUUGAAUCUUAUCCUGGGCGCCUCAUUGAACUUCCUAACGAUUUGCUCAUCAAUUUGAUGGCGUCACUCAAAUUCGGUAUCGACCAUAACAUCCUCGAGGUGUCUCACUUGACGUUCCAGGCCAUUACUGCCCUAGCGCUACAUGCCUGCAAUUCAAGACUUCGAAACUCGUCUGAAUAUAUUGCUGGUUUGAGAUCUCAUCUGGAUGAGUUUCUAAAGCUAAUAUUUGAACAACUUUUGUUCAAGAAAUUGGACGUGGAGCUGGUUGAUGUUGCAGGAUCAUGCGUAUUGGCGCUUGUUUGUGCAAGACAGGAGGCAUAUACAGGUCUGAUUCAAGGAAUGCUGGCAGCAAGCGAAACACCACUGACACCAGAGUUGCAGCAGCGUUUGUCAGACUCAUUCCAGCAUUUGUCGCAGGCGUUUCCUACCCAGGAUAUUGUUGGACAAAGAGAGCUUACGAAGAGAGAUGUGGCUAUGACUGCUGUUAGGCGUGAGAUUUUCAUGCGGUUUUUGAUGGGCGUCCGCGGUGUUUUACGAGUCAAAUAGAUUCAUAAGAAGCGUAAUAUGGUGGAUCAUUGGAGAUGAUAUCAUCAUUUCUGUGUCUACUCAUACGGCAUUAACUUUAGAAUAAACUUAGAAGAACAUUCUUUAGGAUGAUGAUGGCCCUCGUUUUAAGCAACCUGGUCAGGAUAUCCUUCGAAUGACAUUUAGUCCGCAUCAUUAACAGCCGUGUCACUGCUGGCUCUAAUUCACUUUGUCUUGGGCGACUCCAACGCGUCUACGUAUUCAUCGUAUUCAUCGAUCUGUAGAGUGUAGUGAAUGAGCGUGCA